ACUAAACCCUAAAUCCUAAUCCUAAACCCUAAACCAUUGGGUAAACCCUAAACCCUUGGGUAAAUCAUAAACCCUUGGAUGAAUCCGAAACUCUUGGAUCAAAUCUUAAACUUUAAGAUUUAUGAUUUAUUCAAGAGUUUAUGGUUUACCUAAAGUUUUAGGGUUUAGAGUUUAAUAUUUGUUGGUAGCGUUAAAAAUACUUUUGAAAAACAUUUUUUUUUUUUGCGAUUAAAAAAUCUUAUUUUUGUGAUUAAUACAAUUUUUAUUUUAAAAAUAUAAUAUAAUUCGAUAAUAUUUUGUUUCCUUUUCUAAAAGAUAUUGAAUCUAAAAUGACACAAUUCUAUUGGUUGGUGAACCUAAAAAUAAGUCAUGUAAUAUAUUAAAAAGAAAAACAUUAUUCUUUCUUUGGAAAGGAAGAUGAAGCCGGAGAGAUUCCAACAAAUUACAUACAUAUUUUUAUAUAUAAUGUUACAGAAGUUUGAGUAAAAUUUGGUUGAAUAACCAUAUUUCUCCUUUUUUCGCUUUGCCGAGAGAAAAUGUUUUCGAUUCUCUCCAGUGAAGAUCUGAUAGAAAAAGUUAUGUUUUUUGUUCAGCUAAUUUGAAUUCGUUUUGGGCUUAAACAUGGGUUGAAUAAGAUUGAAUUUAAAAUUAUAUUAUGGUUUUAUAUACGUAAAAUCAAUUAUAAUGAGAUAAACAAAAAAAAAGACCUCAAUUUUUAACCAAUUACCACUAUCAAAUUACUAAAAUAAAAACAACAAAAAACACUAUUUAUGUGUCAUGUCUAUGCUUUAUUAAAUUUAAACCAUGUUCUUAUACGUAGAGAGAGAAAAAAAAACAAAUCGCAAAUACAUAAUUGAUUUUAAAUUACCAACAUGUUAUUAUUUUAGAUGUUUCGUUCCCGUAUGGCGCGAAUUAUCAUCUAGCAUUUUCGUAUUUCCCCUCUGUCAGGCACAAUCUCACACUUAUUAGUAACCUCUUCCUUAAAUAAGUCUACCAUACCAUACGCUAUGUUCUACAAUCUCAAUCUCACAUUUCAUGCAAUUGAUUUUAAUUUUUGCUGACGUGCAUAUUUAGUUUCCACUGUUUAUAUACAAGACAGUUACAGAAACUGCCAAGAUCCGAAAUCAUAAGAUAAUUAUUAUAAUGUAAAAGCCAACUCAGAUGAAAAGAAGCAAAGUGGAUAUUCCACACGUCCAAGAUUCCUCUAAAUCUUAACUUUCUUCUUAGUCAGUUCCUUACUCUUUACUUUAUACGCCAAAGAAAUUAUUUUAUAGACAUUUAUGUGUGUGUAGAUGUGUAUAAAUAAUUGUAAUCAAGACAAGAUAAUAAUUACAGAAGUAUAGAAAGGAAGAAGAUGGAGAUGUUUUUGAAGAAAGAGUACUUAGAUUUGGUUCUUGUCCCAUUUGGAUUAAUCAUAGUUUUGUCUUACCAUCUAUUUCUUCUCUAUAGAAUCCUUUACUUUCCUUACCACACCAUCAUUGGUUUCAUGAACAUAGAUAAAACCAUUUGGGUCGAACGUAUCAUGCAGGCAAAAAAAGAUGAAUUGGGUUGUGCUCUAACUGUUCUUUCGAGCAGCAUAUCAGCUUCAACAUUCAUGGCAUCCAUUGCUUUAACAUUGAGUUCACUUAUCGGCGCAUGGAUUGGAAGCUCACCGGUCAACAUGACCGUUUUUACGGGACAUUUUGUCUAUGGAGACACAAGUUCAAUCACAAUGGUCAUCAAAUACACCUCUCUCCUUGUGUGUUUUCUAGUCGGCUUCUGUUGUUUUGUUCAGUCCACAAGGUGUUUCUUACAUGCGAACUAUCUCAUCACCACUCCUGGCGACGAUAUCCCACCAGAAAUGGUAACGAGAGCCGUUUUGAGAGGUGGAAACUUUUGGUCGCUUGGUCUUAGGACUCUUUACUUGGCCCUUGAUCUAUUGCUGUGGCUUUUUGGACCGAUACCGAUGUUUGUUAACUCGGUUUUGAUGGUUGUUUGUUUGUAUUAUCUCGACACGAACUCGGUGGUUCAGCCUCUUUACCACCGGACAUUCGAGGCGGAGCAAAUUGUCAAGAGAAUGAGAGGUGUUUUGCCUGAUCCGUUGACUUUUAAAUGUAAUUGAAUACAAUAUUAUUUGAUUAUUCAUCAAUUUGCCAACUUGGAAAUUUC